AUGGGGGGCGAGGCGGGCCGCGUCCAGCGCCUGGGGCUGGUGUUCGAGGACGAGCGCCCGGGCGGCUACGCCAGCGGGGAGACGGUGGCCGGCCACGUGCUGCUCGAGGCGGCCGAGCCCGUGGCCCUGCGAGCGCUGCGCCUGGAGGCUCGGGGCGCCGCCACGGCCGCCUGGGGGCCCGCCUCCCAGGUCGAGUACCUGAACCUCCGCCUGAGCCUGCGGGAGCCCCCCGAGGGCCAUGGCACCCUCCUGCUGCCACCUGGAAAACACGAGUUUCCUUUCAGCUUCCAACUGCCGUCUGAGCCCCUGGUCUCUUCCUUCUCUGGGAAGUUCGGGAGCAUCCGUUACUGCGUACAGGCCGUUCUAGAGUGCCCCGCGACACCCGACCAAAGCGUGAGGCGGGAGCUGCAGAUUGUCAGCCACAUCGAUGUCAACACCCCAGCUCUGCUCAGCCCUGUCCUGAGAACUCAAGAGAAGAUGGUCGGCUGCUGGCUUUUCACUUCCGGUCCCGUGUCACUGAGUGCCAAGAUCGAAAGGAAGGGGUACUGUAACGGUGAGGCGAUCCCCAUCUACGCCGAGAUCGAGAACUGCUCCUCCCGCCUCAUCGUGCCCCAAAGGCUGCCAUUUUCCAGACCCCAGACCUACCUGGCCCGAGGCAGGACCAAGAGCAUCCGGUACAUGGUGGCCAACGUGCGGGGCAACCACAUCGCCUCAGGGAGCACUGACACGUGGAAUGGGAAGACCCUCAAGAUUCCCCCGUGAGCCCCCUCCAUCCUGGACUGCUGCAUCAUCCGAGUUGACUACUCCCUGGCCGUAAGCUGGUCUACAAUCCACAUCCCUGGUGCUAAGAAGCUGAUGCUUGAGCUGCCCUUGGUCAUUGGCACCGUCCCCUUCAAUGGCUUUGCCAGUAGGAACUGCAGUGUGGCCAGCCAGUUUCUCAUGGACGUCAGCUGGCUGGCGCUGGCAAUGUCCGAGCAGCCGGAAGCACCCCCAAACUAUGCCGAUGUGGUCUCGGAGGAGGAACUGGCCAGACACCUGCCCGCCUACCCACAGCCAACACCCUCCGAGGGAGACGAUGGCUGCCCCAUGCUUGCCUGUAUCCACGAGUUUCUCUUCCAGCCACCCCCACUCUACUCUGAGGUCGACCCCCAUCCCAGCGACAGAGAAGAGAGGCAGCCCUGCUCCUUCGUGCUUUGAACAGACCCUAGAGCCCAUGGCCAGACACCCCCAAGCACGCGGGCAGAGAGGGG